AUGCAUUUCAACAAGAUCGUCCCGUGUCUCACUUUGUUACAUAUAGCUACCGGGUUGGCUACGCCCCACCCGCAGUCGUUUAUCCACCCAGGGGCACUGCAUACGAACAAAGAUAUCGAAAGAAUAAAAAGCUACGUGCGAGCCGAAGCUCAACCAUGGUACCGUGCAUGGCAGCACCUCGAGUCUGCAACAUUGGCCCAAGCGACAUGGGUUCCAAAGCCUCACGAGAUUCUUGUCCGCGGCACCAAUGCUACAUGGCAGCCCACCCCUGCACAAAACUAUGGCGACGCAUACCGCGACGCUCAUUCAGCUUAUCAGCUCACGCUUCGUUGGCUCAUAGGAGGUAACACUUCUUAUGCCGACCACGCGGUUGAGAUUUUGAAUGGCUGGGGCUCAACACUACGGGAUGUCAACGGCACUGAAGACAAAUUUCUCGCAGCAGGUCUAUACGGGUAUCAAUUUGCCAAUGCAGCUGAGCUCCUCCGUGUCUAUCCUGGAUGGACAAAGGCCAAUCAGAGCAUAUUUGCUGAUAUGCUGAAUGAUGUAUUUGCAAAAUACAACUUUGACUUUCUCGAGAAUCACAAUUACAAACCAAACUUUUACUAUGCGAAUUGGGAUUUGUGCAACAUCGCUUCUUUAAUGGCAAUUGGAAUUUUCAAUGACAACCGAACAAUGUACGACUACGCUGCUCACUACUGGCAGUUUGGCCUGCCAGACAGUAGUGUUGUCGUCAACGGGGCGCUGCCGUACUUUUCCAUCGCCAACUUCACGGAGGAGGAUUCCGGCAAGCAACUUAUGGAAAUCCAAGAAUCCGGCCGUGAUCAAGGCCAUGCAACCCUGUGCAUUGCUCUGCUAGGAGUCAUUGGACAGCAGGGGUGGAACCAAGGUGUUGAUCUCUUCUCGACAUACCAACACCAAAUUCUCCAUGCGGCCGAAUAUGUUGCCAAAUACAACACCAACCACACUGUUCCCUAUGUACCUUACACUAGUUGGGAGGGCCUGCUGAGUGUCGUGGCUAAUAAGAGCCGCUUCAGUGUCCGGCCAGGAUACGAGGCAGUUGCAUCUCACUACGCUGGUGUCAAACAUAUGAAUGCGUCGUGGUCAAUAGAAUACAGGGACUAUGUUAAUCAGAAUAUCAGUGCGGGUGUUGAAGGUGGCGGUGGUGAUUAUGGCCCUAAUUCUGGCGGUUACGAUACAUUCGGGCACGGUACGUUGCUCUACCGUAUUGGACCGGAGGCAUAG